AUUUUCACCUGGUCUGAACAGCUAUCUGCAUUGUCACAUACAUCAUGAGCGCACAGUCGAGCUCAGCGCAAGGUCUGGGGAAUAGCGAGAGGCAGGAUGCACCCCAGCAUCACUGGCACGGCGUUCUAGAUUCAGCUAUGGAUGCAGUCGGCCAUACUCCUUUGAUCAGGUUACAGACGAUAGCGAGAGAAGAGGGCUUCAAGUGUAACCUCAUGGGAAAAUGCGAGUUCUUUUCCGCUGGAGGAUCUGUCAAGGAUCGUAUAGCAAAGAGGAUGGUAGAGCAGGCCGAGAGGGACGGAAAGCUUGUCAAAGGGCAGAGUGUGGUCAUUGAACCUACGAGCGGAAAUACAGGAAUUGGGCUCGCUCUCGCUUGUGCCAUCAAAGGUUACAAAUGUAUUAUUACCCUGCCUGCCAAGAUGAGUCUCGAGAAGGAGGUCAUGCUCCGUGCUCUCGGAGCGGAAAUCGUUCGGACACCGACUGAAGCAGCUUGGGACAGCCCAGAGAGCCACAUCGGCGUGGCAAAAAAACUACGAGACUCUAUUCCUCAUGCCAUCAUCCUCGACCAAUACGCCAACCCUCACAACCCCUUAGCGCACUACUACACGACCUACAAAGAGAUCGAGUACGCACUGCAGACAUCUAGUCUACCGCGGAAAGACAUCUCAGUUCUGGUAGCUGGUGCAGGGACAGGAGGAACCAUCACCGGCAUUUCCCGAGGAAUUAGAGAUGCGCAGAAGGAAGGUGAUGCACGGACCACAGUGGUCGCCGUAGAUCCUGUUGGGUCCAUUCUCGGCGGCGGUGAGCCCGGGAACUACCAGGUUGAGGGGAUCGGCUACGACUUCUUCCCUGAGGUUCUGGACCCAAAGCCACCUACGGUCGACCGCUGGAUCAAGACCGAGGACGGCGAGGCUUUUGCAGCCACCAAGCGCUUAAUUCGAUCGGAAGGUCUGUUCAUCGGAGGAUCAUCCGGAUCUGCCCUUUCGGGCGCUAUCAGAUACCUUCAUUCCGCCGACGGUCAGGCUGUCGCCAAGGACCCUGAGGCCAACGUCGUGGUCAUCCUGCCAGAUGGGGUACGGAAUUACAUGUCUAAGCCUUGGUUCCUGGAUGUGGCGGCCGAUGCGUCCAUGAAGGAAUUGCGGGACCACAUCCGCGGGGUCCUCGGACGGGAGUUGAACGCGCCAGACGCGGUGGUUGCCCAAGCCGAGAGUCAAGGAGCGAGCCUUGAAAAGGGUGAAGGUGUGGACCAUACAUCCUCGCCUGAAGGAACAGAGGCCACGCUCGUGGAACAGACUUCCAACCAGAAGUCAAUCGACGAUCCUUCGGUGCCCACUCAAGAGGCCCACAGCGUGCAAGCGUAAAACAGAGCAGCGAGUCGAUAAGGGACAUCUAUCCAAACAAUUAGUGUCGAUCAUUGUUGUAUCAAUAGUCCCAGACAGAUUGCAUGCAGUCUCCUGCUGUAUGAAUGCAUGUACGAGUGACCUGUG